AUGGCAAACGGCUGGAGUCUCAUCAUCGGUCUCGUCAUCGUCGUCCUGGCAGCCCUAGCAGCAUGGAUCUUUAGUCCUAAGGGGGAGAACCAGACAUUGUGGCGAAGCACAUUGAUCCUAUCGCUUGCGUCGUGUUAUUUGAUGUGGGCUAUUACGUUCCUUGCACAGUGGCAUCCGCUUAUUGUGCCGAAGAGGUCGGAUAUUCGGCCUGAUCGCGUACCGCAUUGA